AUGCCCCCAGAGCGACGUCGGAUCAUCCUCGAAAAAUCCAGCACUGUACGACGCCGGUACCAGCGCAGCGACCAACGGUUCAGGUUCACGGCUGAGCAGCUGAAGAGGAUCGAGCGCGAAGAGGUACUAGACAAACGAGCAAAAGACAUACGCGAAAGAGAAAAGAAACGAAUUGCAAAUAAGAAGAAGAAAGUUGAACAGGAGACCAAGGCUCGUGAAGAGGCUCGAAAACAGGGCCUGCCUGAUCCAUUCGCACCUAAAAUUCCAUCCAGCCAGCCAUUACUAUCGAAAUUCCUAGGCUUCGCAAAUCGAGCACCAGCUUCUGAAGAAUCUCCGGCCAAAGAACCGAUCGCUAAAAAACCUUCCUCCACGCCUAGCCCCGAGCCUCCGCUUACAGAGUGCGACGUCCACCACGAUGGAGAUACAGAAGUUGACAGUGCAUCGGGAGACACAGAGCCAGAUUCCGACUGCUUUGAUGAUCUAGAUGAAGAGCUAGAAAAAGAAAUCGCUGCUCUCGAAGAUACGGGGGCCACGGAAGAACCAAAACCUCAAACCCCUGAGAAGCCGAAGCAGCUACAUGAUUCGUUCCGCGACGAUACAGCUGAUUAUCUGGAAGAUGUCUUCUCACGCGGCUGUGGUGAUUCAUUUGGAGAACUUCUCGGAUUGGGAUCAAAGCCACGAUAG